GUUGAUAAUCUAUCGGUAUAACUUUAUUUACAAUCGGAAAAAUUCCUCACUUUAUCUUCAACAGCCAGGAAUAAAUCGACACUAUUUUUUAUACUAUUUUCUUAUUACCGAUUACAUUAUUGACAAAUCGUUGAAUAAAAAACGUAUUCCGUUUAAAAAUACCGAUGAGAUCAAUUAUUUGUUUAUUAUAAUAAUCAUUUGAUAGUUUUCGAAAAAGCUUUGUUGUAAGCGCUUCAGAUCAUGACAAUAUGUAAUUAUUGUAUUUAAUAAACCAAGGUAAAAUAUGUGUAAUUCAUGUAUCUAAUAACAAACAGCUGAUUACCUCGUGUUUGAAAGUACAAGUGAAAGAAGGUGGAUAUCUCAGGAAAAAGUAAAGGAUAAUAAUAAAACAAUAAAAAAAUUAUAGAUUAGAAAUUCUAUUAAAUUAACAGUCUACUGAUGCUGGUGAAACGGAAACACCUGUUCCUUGUAGAUUUUAAUAUUAAGAAAAUAAUAUCAUACACAAGAUUGUAUUUAUGACUGUCCAUAAACGGCACAAUCAUGAUAAAUUUAUCAAAAAAGAGUUAUAUAUCGUUCAUAGUUGUUAUUUAUUUAAUUACCAAUGUGUGUGCUAGUGAUAUUUAUAAAAACAUAAAUUUGCCGGCAAAUCAUUUGAAAUAUUACUUCAACUCAUUUCCGAUUAUUGCACGGGAAUGUCAACAUGAUCCGGCGUGUCCUUAUAAGAAACAUUUAAAUGAAAAAGCGUGUUGGGGAUAUGAAGAUAAUUGCAAGCAAGAAAAUGCAUUCUCAAUUCCACAUUGCCCAAGUGAUCACAAAGGAUGGGUGUCAAGUAAAAAAGCACAAAUAGAUACAUUUUAUUCGCAAGGAGAUUUUGGAUACGUCAGAGAUCAACGAAAUGAAAUGACGCUACUGUGCGAGCCAUUUUUCAAGGAGGAUUCUUCAUUAGAAUGUUCAGAACAUUUAAGAUUUUGCCGGGGAAGAAAUAUAAUGAUUAACUUCACGGAUCUGACCCACAGAAAAGAGCCUAUAAGAUACGCGAUGGAUGUUUUGAAGGAAGGGCAAAUCGGUGGUUAUUGCAAAUUGAACGAAAAAAAACUGCAAGAUAAUGCGGAUCAUAUUAGCGCUUUACAAUCUUGGGGGCCGGAGCUGCGUUAUUUUCGUAAAUUACCACGUCGGCCAAUUGUCGAAGGUGACUGUGAUAUAGUUAUUGAAAAGCCUACUUAUAUUAUGAAGAUUGAUGCAAUCAAUUUGUAUCAUCAUUUCUGUGAUUUUUUUAAUCUAUAUGCGUCGUUACAUGUUAAUAAUACUCACCCAUCGACUUUUAGCACUGAUAAUCAUAUUUUGAUAUGGGAAAGUUACAAUUACCAUUCAGCAUUUCAAGAUACUUUUGAAGCGUUUACCAAAAAUUCUUUGUGGGAUUUGAAAACGUUCCGUGGUAACACAGUUUGUUUCAAAAAUUUGGUUUUGCCAUUAUUACCACGUAUGAUUUUUGGUCUUUUCUAUAAUACUCCUCUAAUCUACGGCUGUGAAAAAAGUGGAUUAUUCAAAGCAUUUAGCGAACAUAUAUUACACAGACUGAAAAUUCCUAUGAAUCAACGUAAAGAUAAUAAAAUUCGUGUUACAUUAUUGAGUCGGGAUACAAGAUAUAGAAGAAUAUUAAACGAAGAUGAACUUGUAGCCGGGUUGAAAAAGAAUUCUAAUUACAAAGUUAAAAGAGUUGUUUAUAAUCGAGAAGUACCUUUCAAAAAACAGCUAGAAAUAACUCGUAAUUCCGAUGUCUUUAUUGGAAUUCAUGGAGCUGGAUUGACGCAUGCGUUGUUUUUACCUGAUUGGGCUGCAGUAUUCGAAAUAUAUAAUUGUGAAGAUGCUAGUUGUUACAAAGAUUUAGCUCGGUUACGUGGAGUAAAAUAUUUUACUUGGGAAGACGAUGAGAAAUUAACGCAACAAGAUCCUGGCAAUCAUCCAGACGGUGGAGCGCAUGCAAAAUUCACGAACUACAGCUUCAACGUAACAGAAUUUCUGCGCAUCGUAUCCUUAGCCGCAGACUCAGUUACCAGUAAUCCGGAUUACAAAAAAUUUCUCAGCUCCCAAACUUGCUUAAAGCCGCCUAAAGUCGAAUUAUGACAUUAGCUUUCCAAAAUAAAUAAAUUAAAAACUAAAAUAA